UUCACUAGUUUCGUACCCGAGUUGACUAUUCUUACAAAUUCUGACUCAUGGACAUUUUUAUUAUUUAACAUCACUCCACCGCUGCUGAGAUGGCGGAAUCUGCGUCUUGCCCGGUGUUUCAGCUGGGAAAACCGCGUUACGAGCAGAGCACAUUUCUUGGCAGGUUGAGACAUUUCAUUGACAUCAUUGAUCCUUCAACUUUGUUUGUGACAGAGAGUCGUUUAAAAGAAUGUAUCAAACUCCUGGAUGAUUUCAAGCAAGGGAAUCUUCCUUCAGGAAUAACAGAUCACCAGCUCUGGGAGGCUCAGAAGGUAAAGCAGGCCAUCAUUCAUCCCGACACCGGUGAAAAGAUAUUUAUGCCUUUCCGCAUGUCAGGCUAUGUCCCGUUUGGAACGCCAAUCGUUGUUGGUCUCCUCCUUCCAAACCAGACUUUGGCCUCGACUGUGUUCUGGCAGUGGCUCAACCAGAGUCACAAUGCCUGCGUGAACUUCGCCAACCGCAAUGCCACAAAGCCAACUCCAACCUCAAAGUUUUUUCAGGGAUACCUGGGAGCCGUCACCAGUGCCGUUUCAAUUGCAGUGGGUCUGAAUGUACUUAUCCAGAAAUCCAGCAAAUUUAACCCUGCCACCAGACUGUUGAUACAGAGGUUUAUCCCCUUCCCUGCUGUAGCCAGUGCGAACAUCUGUAACGUGGCUCUAAUGAGACACAAUGAGCUGUCUGAGGGAAUAGAUGUGUUGGACAGCAACGGGAAUGUAGUGGGAUCCUCACGGAUAGCUGCCAAACAUGCACUCAUAGAGACGGCUCUGACGCGUGUAGCUCUACCGCUGCCAAUCUUUGUCCUUCCACCAAUCAUAAUGGCCUUCUUGGAAAAGCUUCCCCUGAUGCAGGCCCAUCGCAGGAUGAUGCUGCCUGUGCACAGUUUAGUGUGUCUGGCUGUCUUUGGCCUGUCCUUGCCACUGGCCAUCAGCCUCUUCCCUCAGAUGUCAGAGAUCGAGGCAUCUCACCUUGAGCCGGAAAUUGCCAUGGCAACAGAUUGCAAGGUGCUGACUUACAACAAGGGACUGUGAUGAAAGAGAGAGAGAAGUUGAAUCAGCUGUCUGAGAUUCCCAAGGAUGUGUAACAUAACAGGUGCAAACAGUAUUGAGGAAAAAGCAUUCUGAGCAAUAGUAACCCUUCCUUAACUGCUGAGCCAUUUAUCUGUUUUUAAAGAACUAUUAAUGAAGUAAUAAUUACAGUAUUUACCAUUUUACUGACAACUAUGACAGGGAGGAAACAAGGCCUUAUAUUAAAUGGUUUUGUAAUAUAAUAAAAUAAAAGAUUAUAUAUUGAUGUUGAUAAAAUUAAUGACUAAUUAUAGUAAAGUGCAGCUUUAAAUUUUUAAUUAUUCUGUUAUUAUAUGGUCAGUGUGUGCACUUUAAUGAAAAAUAAUUGUAAUUACUGUUAAUUACUAUUAACUGUUUAUUUGAAUGUCACACUGUUUUCAGGGUUUUGAAAAAUAUAAUUUUUUGUUAUUUUUAUGUGUACAUGGACAAGGUUUUUUGUCCGUAAGUAUUAACAUUUUAAAACGAAUUAUAUUGCAAUAUUACCACAAUUAUAUGAUUGAACAUUGUACUAUUUCUAAGGCUAUGUGGUCUAUUGAAACAUUGAAUAUUUUGUAUAGUUAAGUAUCAACUUUGAAUAAUUUUUGAUAAAUAUAAUUUUCUUUUAGUUUGAUUUCUCAAUUAUUAUUAUUUUCUUCAAAUGAUUUUCAAUAUAGUUUAUUUUAAACUUUUUUGUUAUACAAAAUUGACUUAAUAUCAAAACACCAUGUUGUAUUACCUUUACUCAAGUGAAAAGAGCUUAUAAAUAGGACAUUCUGGAUACAAACAGCAGUAUAAAACACACAUCAAAAAUAAUCGCAUUUCCAAACCAUAAAUAAACAUUUCUCACUCAUCUCCAUCCUGUUUCUUACUCAGCCGUUUGUGUUUCACAACAGUCCUCCAGGUCAAAGGUUCACAUUCACAAUUCAAAAAGGAUGAGCAACAUUCUUGACAUUCCUUCUCAUGUUUUUUCCAGCUUAUCCGUCUCUGGAUUGCAAAAGUGGAUUUUGAACUAGGAGGUUGCAUCAACACAAACGGCUUCAUUUAAAAAACCUUCA